AUGCAGUGGGUCACGUGGGUCAUCACAUCCUUCACCAUCGCUCCAGCCUCGCUCGGCCUCUGUGAGCGGAGAGCCGAGCCACCGUGUGUCCGGAGAGAGAGAGCCAAGAGCCCGGGACCCGCCUACGGGAUGGCUGGUCGUGUGCGCAGGCUCUCGGCGGUCACUGCUGUGGUGCUGGCCUCCUCUGGUCUGUACCUUUACAAGAAACAACUGGACAUCAACGACCUCACCGUGGUCCGCUUCGGAAGAGCUGCAGCCACGACUUUUGUCAUCAGUUAUGACUAUCUGACUGCCUUUAGAAAUGUUCAGAAUGGCACCGAAGAGCUCUGGGAGCUCAAGUCCAAGGUGCAUCAGAGGUCGGCUGAGCGGCUGCGGGACCUGUGCUGUGCCAAUCGUGGGACCUUUAUCAAAGUGGGCCAGCACCUGGGGGCCCUGGACUACCUGCUGCCUCCAGAGUACACCUCCACUCUGAAGGUCCUGCACAGCCAAGCCCCCCAGAGCAGCAUGGAGGAAAUCAAGCAGGUCAUCAAAGAGGACCUGGGGAAAGAGUUGUCAGAGAUCUUUGUCUCCUUUGACGAGUGCCCUCAGGGAGCAGCGUCUCUGGCCCAGGUCCACAAGGCCGUGUUGCAUGAUGGGAGAACCGUGGCCGUCAAAGUGCAACACCCCAAAGUGCAAACGCAGAGCUCAAAGGAUAUCCUGGUUAUGGAGGUGCUGGUCAGGGCCGUCCACUGGCUCUUCCCAGACUUUGCGUUCAUGUGGCUGCUGGAAGAGGCCAAAAAGAACAUGCCUUUAGAGCUGGACUUCCUGAACGAGGGAAAGAACGCAGAAAAAGUUGCCAAAUUGCUGUCUCACUUUCCCUUCCUGAAGGUGCCUAGAAUCUACUGGGAUUUGUCGACUAAGAGGAUUUUAACCAUGGACUUUGCGGAUGGGGGACAGGUUAAUGACAAGGAGUACAUCCAGAAGAAUGGCAUCAAUGUCAACCAGCUUUCUGAGAACCUGGGAAAGAUGUACAGCGAAAUGAUCUUCGUCCACGGCUUCGUCCACUGCGACCCACAUCCUGGAAACGUGCUAGUGCGAAAAUGCCCCCAGAGCGGCAAAACUCAUAUCAUCCUCCUGGACCACGGCCUCUAUCAGGUGCUGCAGACCGACUUCAGGGUGGAGUACUGUAAGCUGUGGCAGGCGCUCAUAAACUGCGACUUGAAGGAGAUGGAGCAGUCGAGCCGCAGACUGGGAGCCGGAGACCUGUACCCGCUGUUCGCCUGCGUGCUGACCGCACGCUCCUGGACCGCGGUCAACUCUGGCAUCAGCUCCGCCCCCAUCACUCACUCUGAGGACGUGGAGAUCCGCACCAACGCCGCCCUGUACCUGCCACAGAUCAGCGCGCUGCUGAACCAGAUCCCUCGUCAGAUGCUGCUGCUGCUGAAGACCAACGACCUGCUCAGAGGCAUCGAGAGCAGCCUGCAGACGCGAGCCUCGUCCUCCUCCUUAAUCUACAUGUCUCGCUGCUGUGUGCGCGCUCUGGCCAGGCACAAGCGGAGUAAGGCCCGGUCCCGUUUGAGGCGCCUGCACCUCUCUCUCUCUGAGAACAUGACCCUCCUGAAGCUCAGCCUGUUCCAGAUGUGUGUGUGGCUCCGGUCGUGUGUCUUGGGACAGUGGCUCUUUGCUUUUAUCGGACUUCUGCAAACGACACAAGCAUGA